UGGUAACCUUGUGAGGGACUACUGUUACUGCACUACUGUUUCCGUGGAGUGUUACUGUUACUUUCUAGCACCCCAAGUGUUAGUAACCUUGUGAGGGACUACUGUUACUGCACUACUGUUUCCGUGGAGUGUUACUGUUACUUUCUAGCACCCCAAGUGUUAGUAACCUUGUGAGGGACUACUGUUACUGCACUACUGUUUCCGUGGAGUGUUAAUGUUACUUUCUACCAUCUCAAGAGUUAGUGUGACCUUAUGGAACUACUGUUUACUACGCUAAUGUUUCACCGCGUUAGUGGUGUUACUUUCGACCCUUGCAAGUGAAUGAGUACUGUUGUUGGACUUAUAUUUCAUCGUGUUGAUGGUGCUACUCGAUACCCUUGAAAGUGUAAAUAGCCUUGAGGACAAUAUAAGGUGCUCUACUGUUCCUUUUUUUGCGUCGCCCCCUCCGUCACGUGCUACUGUUCGUGGGUACUUUUACGUCCUUCUGAGCGGUUGUCGUGUCCUUGCUACGCUACUGUUCUCUCAAGGCAUCUCUACUCCUGUCAAGGGUGCUCCUGUGUCCCCUCAAGCUGCGCCGUCCUUCCUCACGCGUUACCUGGUCAAAGAGGUGCUUCAGGUGACAGGCAGCUACCUGGACCUUAGUGAUCACUUGGAUGUGUUGCUCGUGAGGCUGCACUGGUGUGUAAAUGUUGGAUAAAAGAUUGUGACCUAAAGGAGUGGAGGAAGUGCUGCUAAAGGGCUGAGGGGAGUGAAGAGGGGAACGAAGUUGGUGAAGAGAAAGAAGAAUGGGAAGAUAAUAGUGUGAAGAGAAGGAAUACUGUGAAGGGGAAUGAAGAGUGUGUAGAGAAGGAAAAGUGUGAAGAAGAUAAAACUGAAAACAAUAAGAACAAAACAUGCACGAAGACAAAGUAAUAAAAUAUAAAACACUUGAAAUGACAUGAAUAAAACACGGAGAGAAAAAAUAAACAUUCGAAGCGUAAAAAUAUAUCUUGAAAACAUAAAUUAAAACACCUACAACACUCCAAAAGAAAAAAAGAAAACAAAAUAUAUAAAACACGAAAAGAAAAAAACUAAAACACUCGAAAAGAUAAAAGAAGAAAACGCUCGAAAAGAAAACAAAUACAAAACGUACUGAAAAAGAAAACCCCCAAACAUUCGACACGAGAAAGCCAACACACUCGCAUUCAGAAAAACAAACAAACGCAGCAGCCCGCACUCGGAAACAUCACGUCCUGCUCUGCUCUGGUUAUCUCUCCGUCUGGCGCGGUUUCUGGAGCGUGUGUGCUUCGUGCGAUAAGUGAUUCAGCGCUUCGAGACACUGAUUCGGAGAUACGGGAGACGGUGUACGUGUGUGUGUGUGUGUGUGUGUGUGUGAACGCGGCCCCCUGUGUGUGUGUGUGUGUGUGUGUGUGUGUGUGUGUGUGUGUGUGUGUAAAACGAGAACAUAAACGGUAAAAACGACCAUUAAAACAGCCAAGAGAACCAUGAAGUAGAAAGUCGGUGUAAACAAACGUAACUAAACCACCACCACCGCCUCCACCACCACCACCACUUCGAGAGAGACAGGGAUAUACAGUACUAUGGCCCCGUCUUCCCUGCUGCUGUGCCUCCUGUUCUGUGCCUCGCUGUGUCACCUCGCGCACGCCCUCUGGUGGUCCCUCGGUCACCGCCCCGUCAUGGACCACUCACGCAUCUGCCGCAAGAGGAGUCGCCGCCUCUCCAAGGACCCCCAGAGCGCCAUCUGCCGCCAGGAGCCGCCCAUGUUCCCCUUCAUCCUGGAGGGGUCGCUGAAGGCCAUGAAGGAGUGCCAGACGCAGUUCAGCAGCCACCGCUGGAACUGCUCCGACAACCGACGCUCGCUGAAGAGAGUGCUGAGUAGAGACACACCCGAGACCGCCUUCCUCAACGCCGUGGUCUCCGCCGGGGUGACGCACGAGAUCACGGCUGCCUGCUCACGCGGCGACCUCCUUCAGUGCUCCUGCAGCAGACGCUCCCUCGGGGCGGCCUCGCUGGGGCGGAUGAAUCGAAAACCAAAAAAAAACCGGCGGAACAGGAUCGAGAAGCAAUGGUACUCCGGGCGGAAGAAAAGAGGAAGACGGAAGGAAAAAGGAAAACGAGAACGAUACAGCGAGAGAAGAUGGGAGGAGAGACGCGAAUACCAGGAGAAAACAAACCCUCCCCUUUCCUCCCUGUCUGGUGUGACUGGGGAGGAAGGAGGAGGGGAUGGGGAGGUAAAGCAUGGGGAGGGAGGAAUACCCGGGGUGCCCGACGGGGAGUGGCACUGGAGUGGAUGUGACGACAACGUGGGCUUCGGGUACCGCAUCGCUCGAGACUUCAUGGACUCGCGUUACUUGCUGGGGCGGGAGAGCCAGGACAUCAGGAGUAUUGUGAUGCUCUGGAACAACGAGGCGGGACGAAGGGCCGUAAGGAACAACCCGGUACCGCAUUGCAAGUGUCACGGCCUGUCCGGCUCCUGCACCCACAGAACCUGCUGGCGACGACUCCCCACCUUCAGGAGCGUCGGGCGUCACCUCAAGGACAAGUUCAGCGCUGCGACCAAGGUGACCGCCAGCAACGACGGCAAGACGGUGUUCCCCGCCACCAGCAACGUGCGCGCGCCCAGGAAGCAGGACCUCGUCUUCCUCGAGGACUCGCCCAACUUCUGCAGCCCCAACAAGAGGACGGGCUCGCUGGGUACCAAGGGAAGGGUCUGCAACACCACCUCCUAUGACCUCAACGGCUGCGAGCUCCUGUGUUGUGGCCGAGGAUUCACGCAGGAGGAAAGAUGGGUGGAGGAGAACUGCCGGUGUCGCUUCAGGUACUGCUGCGAGGUGACCUGUCAGACGUGCCGGGUCAAGCGGAUCAUCUCCCACUGCAGAUAAUACAGUGUUCCCGGCGAGGCGAGGCGGCGCGAGGGAACGGAGAAAAAGGAAAGAGAAAAAAGGGCAGCCGAGUCUUUUAAGCAGCCACUGACCGGGGCGAGAGAGGAGUUGCGUGCGUAGAUGCAUAUGUGUGUGUUUGUGUGUGUUGUGGGGGGUGCGGGGGGUGACUGGUUGAGGGUGUGUGGGUGUGUUUGUAUGGGUGUAUGUUUUUUAUAUAAGUGUAGGUGGGAGGGAGAAUAAUAGGUGUAGGUAUGGGUGGUUGGGGGUGUGUUUGUAUGGGUGUAACGUGUGUGUGUGUGUGUGUGUGUGUGUGUGUGUGUGUGUGUGUGUGUGUGCGGGGGGUGACUGGUUGAGGGUGUGUGGGUGUGUUUGUAUGGGUGUGUGUUUUUGUAUAUAUGUGUAGGUGGGAGGGAGAAUAAUGAGUGUAAGUAUGUGUGGUUGUGUGUUUGUAUGGGUGUAACGUGUGUUUGUGUGCGUGUGUGUGUGUGUGUGUGUGUGUGUGUGUGUAGGUGGUAAGGGGAAUUGUGUGGGUGUGGGUAGGUGUUUGUGUGACUUAGUGUGUUUGUUCGGGUGUUUCUUGGUGUGUGUGUGUGUGUGUGUGUGUGUGUGUGUGUGUGUGUGUGUGUGCGUGUGUGUGUAGGAAUAGCGUGGGUGUGGAUCGGUGUGGGUGUGUUUGUGUGGAGUUUAUUGAGUAAGAUGGACGGAAGGAGAUUAAGGAGGAGGUAUUGAGGGAAGAAGAAGAGGAGGAGGAGGACAUGAUAUUACACAAGGCAGGAGGAGGUAGCUAGAAGGAGGAGGAAAAAAUGCGUGUGUGUGUGUGUGUGUGUGUGUGUGUGUGUGUGUGUGUGUGUGUGUGUGUGUGUGUGUGCGUGCUCUGCCUUGGUGUUCCUGUGAUAGGGUGUAGCCAGGGCUGGGGGGGGUGAACACUCGCUUCCCAGGAUCUCUGCCACAGCUUUAAGUCACUGGUGUGUGUGUCGGGGUGGGGUGAGGCGGGGCACUCAACACACACACGCAUGUAAAUACACUUAGAAUAUGAGACUCAGCACACUGGAAGCACACACUCGGUAAUACACUCACUUAUAAAUGUAUUAACAGAAAAAUACAGUUAAUAUAAAAAAGUUAACACAGUGAAAAAUACACACAUAGAAAUUCACAGGAAAAUACAGUUGACAUAUAAAAAAUAAUACAAUGAAAAAAAUCACAUGUAUAAAUGAUGAUACACAAUAUACAGUUAACUCAAUGUGCCUAAUAGUGUAAUGAAAUACACAUGCUCAUAUACUCUAUAGCACUACUUACAUGUUAAUACACUUAGUUUAUAUGUAUCACUGCAAUGCAUUUAUACAUAAGGUAAUACUCAUUAUAUGUAUGUGUCAUUGUAUACUUAAUGCUUACUACCAUUAAUAUGCAUUAGUGCAAGAAAAUAUACACACAGCAUAUACAGUCUGUAGAAAAGGUAUCCAUCACCCAAAGAGAGCGAUACGUUGUGCCACAUGGAAUGAGGAUUUCUAAAUACUCACCUUUUUUUCGUUCGUCCUAUAACACUGGUAGGCCUUCAUGAUGGGACCUGCUGGCUAGCCCCACUCUGUAAUGGUGCAGGCAAGUGUUUUAUAGUGGUGCCAUCUUGCUUUGCUCAUGCUGACCCCUAAAGCUCAUUUUUCAUCCUCUUUAUAGAGUUUAUCUUGAGUCUGGGCUGAUACGUGGUCUUCAGGACAGCACGUUGGUAGUCUUAGGCCACUCGCCCUAAUAUGCACCUCAGCCUUGAACACACACCUGAGUUACAUAAAUUACACCUGCAUUACUUCACAGGGUUGGUACACCUUUCCUUGUGUGUUUGUUUUGUAGGAAUAUGUUAACAAAUUAUAAAACUUCAGCAUUUUUUAGAGCAGUGUAAAAGAGUAACAGCACAACAGGUAUUCAUGUUGUAAGAGUGAUGGAACGUUAACACAGUGAGGUGGAGAGCACUUUUCUGCAACCUGUACAGUGAAAGCUAAUGCUGAUGAUAACCACGAGUUUGUACAGUGAGUAUAACUUUUAGUGUUAACCCAAGGAACACAUGAUGACGGGAGGUGUGUGUGUUAUAUAUUUGUGUGUUUUGAGAUGAAUUUUGAUAGUCGUAAUGAUAAUAAUGAUAUGGAGGAAAAGUUUAUUUAUAUAAUUAUUUUCAUUAUUAUUAUUAUUAUUAUUAUUAUUAUUAUUAUUAUUAUUAUUAUUAUUAUUAUUAUUAUUAUUAUUAUUAUUAUUAUUAUUAUUAUUAUUAUUAUUAUUAUUAUUACCAUUAUUAUUAUUAUUAUCAUUAUCAUUAUUAUUAUUAACAUUAUUAUUACUUUUAUCAUUAUUUUUGUAUAUGUAUGUCAAUUUUUCUUUUCUUGAUUUUCUCUCUGAUAUAUAUUUAACCCAAUAAUUUCAGUGCUACAGAAAUUAUUUAAUAUGUUUAUUGUUAAUUUAGAGGAAUUUGCGUCCACAUAAUUGCUGUACGGUUUUUUUUUCAAACAGGAUAGUCAGGAGGUGUAGAAAAUAUAGUAAGUGUGUGUGUGUGUGUGUGUGUGUGUGUGUGUGUGUGUGUGUGUGUGUGUGUGUGUGUGUGUGUGUGUGUGUGUGUGUGUUUGUGUGUGUGUGUGUGUGUGUGUGUGUGUGUGUGUGUGUGUGUGUGUGUGUGUGUGUGUGUGUGUGUGUGUGUGUGUGUGUGUGUGUGUGUGUGUGUGUGUGUGUGUGUGUGUGUGUGUGUGUUUGUGUGUGUGUGUGUGUAAUCCAAAACGCUUAGUCACUAUUCAUGCCAAGAUUCAGUGUGCGUAUGUAUGUAUGUAUGUAUGUAUGUACGUAUGUGUGUUUGUAUACAAUUAUAAUAGCAAUAGUCAUAGGGCUGCCUUAGGUGUAUGUAAUUCUAUCGCCAGUUAAUGCUAAGUUAAAGAAGUCACAUUAAUUUAUAAGAACAAAAAAUACAAUAACACAAAAAAAUA